GCCUUUCCAAUCAAUUCUGGACCUUCCAAAAGAGUCAUACAAAUGAAUAGGUUAUAUAACACCGCGUUCUUUUUGAUUUUUCGUUCGUCGUUUGAUCCUUCAAGAGCUCUUUUCGCUCCAAUAUUGUAAGACACUUACUUUUGUUGUUGCUUCGACUUGUGCUCAACGGGUCGGUCUCACGGUCUCACGGUCUCACGAUCUUAUUGUUUAAUGUUUUAAUAUGAAGUGUACGAGAUUGAGUUGCACAGUAUACACAUAGUAAGAAUGACUCCAAACGAGCAAAUAGCUUCCCCGGAUCCCUCCCACGAUGUGGAGAAAGGUCCCUCGAGCGGGCUCCCAUCCCCUCAUGAUCCUCUCGCUCUUUCGCCCUCGAUAUCUCCCACGCACGAUGUCACAGACUCAGCGAUCUCUCGUCCCCAAAAUCGUUUCUUUGCUCUCACUGCACGAAUCGAAAAUAUUCUUGGUCUGGAAGCGCGGGGUAUUCAUCGUGUACUCCCCGCCGAACAAACUACCAAAACUACUCUAUCGUUCCUGCAAAUCGUCGUGCUGUGGUUUUCAAUCAAUACUGCGCCGCAGAAUAUUACAUUAGCGAGCAUUGGGGCUAGCGUUUAUGGGUUGGGCUUUGUGGAUGCGACGCUUUGUAGUGUUUUUGGGGCAGUGGUAGGAAUUUUGCCAGUGGCAUAUACGGCAGGCUGGGGACCUUGGAGUGGAAAUAGAACUUUGAUAUGCGCUCGAUUCACAAUGGGAUGGUGGCCAGUGAAGAUUUGUGUGAUAUUGAAUGUGGUAAUUUUAUUAGGAUAUUCCAUGAUCGAUGCAGUAGUAGCUGGCCAAAUGUUAUCUGCAGUAUCACCAAAUGGUAGCCUUUCGGUGGAAGUUGGAAUAGUCGUUUCAGCUAUCUUAACAUUCUCGGUCACAACAUUCGGCAUCAAGAUAUUUCAUCACUACGAGAGAUUUGCCUGGAUUCCACAAACAUUCGUUCUCCUGAUUUUAGCAGGAACGGCAGGCCCGAAAUUUGACCUCCAUAGUAAACCUACAGUUGAGGGUGCAACGCUUGCCGGGAACCGACUUUCAUUCUUCUCAAUUUGUCUUAGUGCAGCAGUUACGUAUGCUCCUAUAGCAGCUGAUUUCUUCGUCUACUGCGAUCCAAAGAUUGCUUCUCGGUGGAAAGUUUUUGCGGCAACACUACUCGGUCUUUCUCUCUCCUUCACACUCACUUUUGUCAUAGGAGCCGGUCUCGCAUCCGGCAUCUCCAAUAAUCCAUCUUGGGAAGCGGCAGGGGCAGGUACAGGCGCUCUUAUAGUGGCUGGGUUUGAAAGUCUAGGUGGAUUUGGCAAAUUUUGUUCCGUGGUUGCUGCGUUGGGCUUGAUCGCCAACAUGGUACCACCUACCUAUUCUUGUGGUAUCGAUUUCCAAAUUCUAGGCCGCUAUCCGGCCAUGGUUCCAAGAUUUUUAUGGAAUACAUUCGGGGUGGUAGUAUUUACCGUCUGCGCACUCGCAGGACGCAAUGAUCUUUCUGAGAUCUUCACCAAUUUCUUAUCCUUGAUGGGAUAUUGGGUUGUACUCUGGAUUGUUAUCACAUUGGAAGAAGAAUUCUUAUUUAGACGGCGUAGAAAUCCUACAUUUGUGUGGAGUGACUGGCAUAAACAGGAGAAAAUGCCGCUGGGAAUUGCGGCAUUGGUGGCGUUUUGUAUAGGAUGGGUAGGGGCAAUUUUGUGUAUGAGUCAAUAUUACUUUAUCGGACCGCUUGCGAAGAUGGUAGGGAGUGAGGGGGGUGAUAUGGGCAACUACGUUGGGUUCGCCUGGGCCGGGUUAGUGUACCCUGUGUUGAGAUGGUGGGAGCUGAGGAAGUUUGGCAGAUAGGGAGGGCUUAGAAGAAGAGGAUUGAGGGACGGGAUAGAUGUAAAUGAACAGGAUAGUCACGAAACUUAUGAUAUACGGAAUAGUUAUGGAUGGAAAAGGGAUACGGACACUAAAGUGACGGGUUUAAAAGUUUUAUAUACAUGGGAAUACGUUUUAGACAUAUGAUUGGAUAUAGAAAACUGAACUCUAUUAAACACAUGUUGCAGCACAAAUGAAUCUUCUCGAAUACUUAUUACA